CUGGAUGGCAGUUCGUAUUUGCAUCUAAAACGAACAGGAGAAGUAAAAGAAGCAAAGAUGGCAAACUACUUAUUUUUGAUGGAACUGGGGAAUAAAACAGUGACUGAUGGUGACAAUGCUAAUCUAAUAAAGUUAACAGUAACCGGGUGUGGAUUUUCAUUCGUUGGUACUAUGCUGUCGUUAUGCUUGAUAUGCUUUCUUCCUGUAGGAAAUGACAGCACGUUCAUAUUAACAAAUCUUUGCAUCAGUUUGGUGACAUCACAACUGGCGUUCAUAGCAGCAGAAAAUGCAUAUCCCGAAAAGGGGAUGUGUACAUCCGCCACAGUUGUUAUACAGUAUUUGUUUCUUGUUGUCCACUUCUGUUCUUUCUCAUAUGGGAUUCAUCUAUGCUCUAAGUUGAAAAAUUUUGGAGAUAUCAAGAAGAAACGCCCAGUGAUUGUUUUUAUGUGCUGGGGAGCGCCAUUAAUAAUAUCUUUAUUGACAGUCUCGCUGCGAGGAGGAGACUUUGGAAAAGGUUCUUUAUGCUGGUUACCUACGGAGCACGGAACCAGAUGGGCUUUUCUUGGUCCGGUGAUGAUGAUACAAAUUAUCAAUUGGUGUGUUUUUCUGCUAAUGAUGGCUACACGUUUCUCACUUGACAUUAAACGGGGAGAAAGUCUCCCUAAUAUAAUAAAGCAGCAGUGUUUAACUGGAGUGUCGUUGUUGAGUGUUUUAGGACUAACAUGGACUCUUGGUUUCAUCGUGACCUUUGGUUCUCCUAAGGUCAUGGCCUAUGUAUUCGUAUUCCUGGCAUCAACACAGGGAAUGCUACUUUUCUUCUGUCAUGUUCUUACUAACAAUCAAGUAAGGAAAGUUCUAUGCGUGAAGAUGAAACCGCGUGACCCUGACGCAUCCGUGUCUGUAGAUUACAGCGAGGAUUACACAAGGACAUCUAAUGUAUUUGAACACAGUGAAAGAAACCAUUCACGACUAGACCAUCCAUCCUCCGGACAUUCAGACAACGGAGUAAAGAUGAAUCGUCGCAGAUCUGAAGUCGUGACCAAAACUGAGAAGUUUGGACAUCAACUUGAGGUUCAGCAAAAUCAAUUACAGCAUAGAAGAAGACGUUCAUCCGGCCGAAAAAUGAGUGACAACUGAAUACUUCAACACCGGUCAGCACCAACAAAACAAAUAACUAAAAACAUAUCACGAUGUAUA